AUGACGUCACCACACAGGGAGAUGGAGCUCUUUGUCCACGGCUUCCCCUCGGACGUGGCGGCUCUGAGGUUUGAGUGGGCGUGGCAACACCCCUCCUCCUCCCGCCGCCUCCCGGCCCCGCCCACCCGCCGGCCCCGCAAGCAGCCAAUCAGCUUCGCCCUGCGGACCUUGCCCCGCCUCCUCCGGGCCCCGCCCUGGUCCCGCCUCCCCCUCAGGCUGCGAUGGCUCCGCCCCGGGCCACGCCCACCUCUGGACCCGGCCCCGCCCCCUCACGUCGCGAUAGAGGAAGGGGAGGGGCUUCCUCGGGUCAGGCCACGCCCGCGGAAGGGGCGGAGUCAGGGGGAGGAGGACACGCCCCCUCCGGAGAAAGCUCCGCCCAACAAUGGGUGUGACCUGUGUGGAGAGGCUCUGGCCACGCCCCCCCUGCGCUGUCCCCGCCCCCUUUGCCCCAUGGCCGCCCACCCCCCUUGUCUGGCCCAGCACUUCCUGCGCCCGGAGCCGCAGCAGCUCCUCCCAUUGGCUGGAACCUGCCCCAGGUGCCACGCCCACCUUCUUUGGGGGGAUCUGAUUCGUCGUCACCUGGGGGAGUACGAUGAGUGGGCGGGGCCUAGUGAUGACAUCACACUGCCAAGCUCCGCCCCCACGUGA